GACGGUUCUUGCAUUCCACGAGGCUCCAAGCAACCGCGCACGCUAUCUUUAGCAGGUCGGCGGCGCCCGAAUUCCGGAGAGGAGAGGUUCCGAUCCGGGAAGUUCCGUGCAACAACCAACUGCCGCGCCACCCACCCCAGUGCCCCACCGCCCGCGCCACGACGGUUUGGUUGGUGCGCUCUUCCGAUCCGAGCCCGGCCGCGCGGCGCUGGCACACGGCGCCCGAACCCCGCUCAGCCUCAGUUCUGCCCGCGCCGCCGGCACCGGCCUGUGAAACGGACGCUCGGUCAAGGCGCGGUGCGCGGCAGGCCGGCGGGGGCGAGUCAAAGCGAUCCCGCGCAGUUCACCGGGCAGGGCGUCCACUUCUGGCCGCGACCGCGAGGCAGGAGGAGGAGGGAGGACACAGGCAAACCGGCCCGAACGCGGCGCUGCCUCUUUUGUCCGCUCCGGGCUCGGACGGCAGGGAUCGCAUCGCAUCGCAUUGCGUCGCCGUGCCGCGCGCAGGCGCACCCCCGCUGCCGCAUUUGAAGCCCCCGCGUGGCGUGGACGCGCGCGUGCGGGUGCGAGGAGGCGCCCGCAAUAAAUCGAGGCGCGGCGCCGCUGCCACUUGCUUGCUCCUUCAUCAUCGGCUCGUCCCCGUGCGGGUUGGGUGGGUCGGGGACGUUGCUGCUGCGGAGCGGCGCUCUCAAGUCUCAACUCGACGGCGGGGUUUUGGACUGCUCGUUCGCUUUGUCUCUCGUGAAGUGCGUGAUUAAGUGCAUCUGAACCUACGUCAGGCGUGUAAACGCACCUGGAUGCAAUGGAGGGCGGUGUCAAUGUUGCAGAUAAGGCAGAGUUCAAGGAGUGCCUGCGGCUGACAUGGACACAACCUUAUAUCCUCCAGCUUGUCUUGUCUGCUGGCAUCGGUGGUCUCCUUUUCGGAUAUGAUACAGGUGUCAUAUCUGGAGCACUUCUGUACAUUCGAGAUGAUUUCGCUGCGGUGGAAAAGAGCACUGUAUUAAGGGAAACAAUUGUUAGUAUGGCUGUUGCUGGAGCUAUAGUUGGAGCUGCAUUGGGUGGUUGGAUGAAUGAUAAGUUUGGAAGGAGGCCUUCCAUCAUAAUUGCGGAUGCCCUGUUCUUCGGUGGUGCCUUGAUCAUGGCAUUUUCCCCAACACCAACAGUAAUCAUCGUUGGGAGGGUCUUUGUUGGGCUUGGAGUUGGAAUGGCUUCCAUGACAGCUCCUCUCUACAUCUCCGAAGCCUCCCCUGCUAGAAUCAGAGGUGCUCUUGUAAGCACAAAUGGUCUUCUCAUCACCGGAGGCCAGUUCUUGGCGUACCUCAUUAAUCUAGCCUUUACUAAGGUGCCGGGAACCUGGAGAUGGAUGCUUGGCAUUGCAGGGCUUCCUGCCUUGGUCCAGUUCAUACUAAUGCUGAUGCUGCCAGAAUCACCAAGGUGGCUUUACAGGAAGGGUAGGAAAGAGGAAGCUUCAGAAAUCUUGCGGAAGAUUUACCCUGCGAAUGAGGUCGAGCAAGAGAUUGACGCCAUGCGCCAAUCCGUCGAGGAAGAGGUGCUCCUUGAAGGUUCCAUCGGCGAGCAUGGCCUGAUUGGCAAGCUGAGGAAGGCGCUGGGCAGCAAGGUGGUCCGCCGGGGGCUAAUGGCCGGCGUCAUCGUCCAGGUCGCGCAGCAGUUCGUGGGCAUCAACACCGUCAUGUACUACAGCCCCACGAUCGUGCAGUUGGCCGGCUUCGCCUCCAACAACACGGCCAUGGCGCUGUCCCUCAUCACCUCGGGCCUGAACGCCGUCGGCUCGGUCGUGAGCAUGUUCUUCGUGGACAGGGCCGGCCGGAGGCGCCUGAUGCUCAUCAGCCUGGUCGGCAUCGUCGUGUGGCUCGCCGUGCUCGGCGGCACGUUCCUGGGCGCCGCGCACCACGCCCCGCCCGUCAGCAACCUCGAGACCCAGCUGCUCGCGAACCAGACCCAGACCUGCCCCGAGUUCAACCCCGACGUCCCCUGGAGCUGCGUCAACUGCCUCAAGGCCGCCUCUGCUUGCGGCUUCUGCGCUCACCAGGGAGACAAGCUGCUUCCGGGAGCUUGCUUGGCGCUGAACGACGCGUCGCGGCGGACGUGCCGUGCGGACCAGCGGGAGUUCUACACGGAGGGGUGCCCGAACAACUUCGGGUGGCUGGCGCUGAUCGGCCUGGGCGCCUACAUCGUCUCCUACUCCCCCGGCAUGGGCACGGUGCCGUGGAUCGUCAACUCGGAGAUCUACCCGCUGCGGUUCAGGGGCAUCUGCGGCGGCAUCGCGGCCGUCGCCAACUGGGUCUCCAACCUCAUCGUCACGCAGACCUUCCUGUCCCUGACCAAGGCGCUCGGGACGUCGGCCACCUUCUUCCUCUUCUGCGGCAUCUCCUUCCUGGCGCUCGUCGUCGUCUUCUUCACCGUGCCGGAGACCAAGGGCCUGCAGUUCGAGGAGGUGGAGAGGAUGCUUGAGCGCAAGGACUACAAGCCAUGGAAGAGGUACCAAGGCGUCAGCGACGUCGAGCCGGCAAAAAACAGCGAAAUCGGCCUCACUGCACCAUGAAUUCGCAUGAGAGCUUCGUUUGUCUAGAAAGUAGCAAUAAUUCGUAUCUAAUCUCUUUUAGAAUUCCAAGAAGGAAAAGAUGAGUAGUCAAACUCUAGUUUUAUGGAAAUGUGAAUGUGAUAUAUGCUUGAUUGCUGCUCCUCUUUGUUAUAGAACAUUUAACAUUAGUUUUCUCACUCUGUUUAGCAUAACAUUGUGCAUCUUCUUCUA